UACCAACAGUACCAACAGUACCAACAGUACCAACACCAAACAUCACCAACAUGAGAACUUUCUUGAUCGUCCUCGCUGUAGUCGCGUGCGCCGCCGCCGGCAACGUGAACCGCGACAAGCGCAGCGGCUGGGGCGGCUCGCUGGGCGGCUGGAGUGGUUCCUCGGGCUGGUCGGCGCCCUCCGCCAAGCUGGUGACGGUCAACAAGGUGGUGAACACGCAGCGCGUGGUGGAAGUCCCCCAGGUAGUGAGCGUGCGCAAGGUCAUCAAUGAACCCCGCGUCGUCUCCGUCAACAAGCUGGUGGCUGCGCCCAGCUACUCCUCCUACAGUUCCGGCUUGGGCUACGGCUCCGGCUAUAGCUCCGGCUACGGCUCCGGCUACGGCUCCAGCUACGGCUCCGGCAUUGGCUCCGGCUAUGGCUCGAGCUACGGCUCCCACAACAGCGGCUGGUGGUAA